AUGCACACUACCAAAUUUGCCUUAGAUGCAGGAUUUGACCUAUACAUUUUCCAGAUGAGUGACCAGAUACAGUCAGUGGGAAUACCAAACAGUGACCUAUGUCUCAAUUCUAGGUCCAAUGGGAAAUUUCUUCAGAAAGCUGAAGAGACACUAAAGAGGAGGAGGAGGGAAAAUAUCAGUUUCCAAAAACUUUGGAGGAAUUUGGAUACUACUUUAACAAAGAUAAUAACUGAAUUUGUGUAUAAAUUACUAGAAGACAAACACAAUCUACAGAAGGUCACGAUUCCAGUGGAUGCUGAGCCUGAUGAGCCAACUUCUUUUUUCUACAUGUCUGAGGAUGCCCUCAAUAAAGACAAACUUUUGAUCCUGAUUCAUGGGAAUGGAGUGGUUAGAGCAGAACAAUGGGCCAGGAGACUUUCUGUUUGUGACGUUGAUAGUUAUUUCAGAAAUACAAACCGUCUCUGCUGGAUUGGAGUGCAUGAGUUGUACACACUCUGCUUCUGUGCGGGAUUGUCAACAGACCACAAUCAAAUGUGGUGAUGACGAGGAAUGUUACCUGGAGAAAAGAACUACUUCACAUUUAUCUUUGUCAUACUCCGCUGGUUGUAGGAGCAAAGUGGUUUGUAACAUUAUGGCGUCACUCGGUUCUCUAAGAACCGGAAGAUCAAACCACCUGGACACAGUCUUUGGAAAACGAGACCUCCUAAACUGUGCUUACUGCUGUAACACAGAAAUGGACAAAAAUGGACCAUGCAAUUUACACUUAUGUUCAUGAAUUUUUAAUUAAUAUAUUUUGAAUAAAGACUCCAUAUGA